GGUCGGCGCUGCAGCUCACGCAGCAGUUCCUCAGCCACAGCGUGGCGGCCGCGCACGUCACUCCGCCCGCACGAAUACCUGGACCAUAUCUCCCCGAGCCCGAAGCCAGAGCCGAGGAGCCGCCAAAAGAACACUUAUACAACCGCAACGUUCACUGGACCUUCGAAGACAUCCAUAUGCUUAUAGGCAGCGACCUUCCAAUAUUCGGUGACCAAGACAGACCAUGCGUCAGUUUACGCCUCAGAGACGCAAGAGAACCUAUUAAUGUUCUGACAGGCAUAGACUACUGGCUGGACAACCUUAUGUGUAACGUCCCCGAAGUUCUUAUGUGCUAUCACUUAGAUGGAAUCGUUCAAAAGUACGAACCGAUGAAAACAGAAGACUUACCAAAUGUCGAGAAUUCAAAAUUCUCCCCAAAAGUCAUCAGGAACGUAGCUCAGAACAUAUUGUCUUUUCUAAAAUCUAACGCGACUAAAGCUGGUCACACGUAUUGGUUAUUUAAAGGUCCACAUGAUGAUGUCGUCAAGCUAUACGAUCUAACUUCUCUGUGUCCGGAUAGUUUAGAUAAUCCCUUCACUACGCCUGUCGCUAUGUUACUCUAUAGAGUUGCGAGGAACAUGAGGCUAAUGAACAGGUCGAAACAUGUUAAACAACUGUUACAGCAUGUUAUAGACUUGUUGAAAGUCGAAAGGUAUCCACAGAUUGUCGCUUCCUCUCAUUACAUGAUGGCGGAUCUUUACGUGCCGGCGACCACGAACCCGGCUUGUCCCGAUUUUAAGGAUGAAAGUUCGGAUGAUGAUAAUGGUGAUGAUGAAGAUUAUAAGGAGUUUGCGAAGGAAGCGAAUGACACAGAUGAAUAUUUGUAUGAUGGAGACAACAGAUCCUCUGAAAAAGUGGGCUCUUCGUAUGAAAAGGAUACAGUAAUAAGAAGUGAAGAAGCUGCAGAUAAUGUAAAUAUCGACUCUGUCGUUGAGAACGUGACAAACGACAACAAAAGCGCAGUUUUGACGGAUAAUACGAAAGCGUUGACAUUUGAACCAGAACUAGAGAAGGAAGGAGAUGAAGCCAAAUCAUUAGCUGUUCAGAUACGUGAUCUUGAUCUAAGAGAUAUUGGUAAUAGAGUAAAAGGGCCGAGUGGGGAUGAUAAGGAUAAACCAAACACUAAUAGUGGUUUAGGUACUGAACCUCCAGAUCGAUGUGGAAAGGCGCUGAAACAUGCGUUAAAAGGACUGCUUGCACUGCACAAUGUUACCAUAGACAAAUGCAAGGAAGAAGAGCGCGAGCGUCUAAAACAACAGAUAAUAAUAGAAGAACAGCAUCCCAAAAUGGCUAAUCCAUUUGAACCAAUUAAAAUGGAUUAUGAACCAAUAAACAAGAAACAAAAUGUCAAAGAGCAUACAUCUCGCAGCCGCAGACGUAAACGAGAGCGGAAAACUACUGAAAAAUCUGGAGACUGUCUUAUAGAGUCCAAUUCGUCGAUAGACAAAAACGCAAUAUUAAUUCGAAAGGAAAAGAAGUUUUACCCGACGUGGCAAGAGCCGAAUAGAGAUGACAAUUUUGCAUGGAAAUUGCAUUUGAAGACUUUGUUGUAUGAAAAGAUAUGUCUCGCUUACGCUACUUUAGCGGAAUAUAGUUAUGCCAACGAACAAUAUGGGUUCUCUCUGAAAUAUAUAGACAUGGCUAGUAAAUGUCAGAAGUUGUUGAGUAACAUGAUCAUCAAGAGUCGUGUUGUAGAUGCUUGCUGUUUGAUAGGUAGAGUUGGAGAUAAUUAUUUCCAAUUGAGUAAACAUUGGAAUCGGUUGGAACAAUUUAAGAAACAGUUUGAGACGGACCAUGAUAUUGAUAGUAUGCUACGUUUGGAGAUUGAAAAUGACAUGACAGAAGAGGUUGAUGAAGAAGUGGCUGAUGAAUUCGACCUUGAUAUAGCUCUGCCGAAGAAUGAGAUAGACGCUAUGCUGUCGUCCUGUUCCUACUACAGACGGGCGGUGCAGGCGACGCAUGAUAAGCGCGGCGAAUUAUUGCGUCGUUUAGCUUCAGUCAACAAUGAGCUAGCUGUCCGCUAUAUGAAUGACGCGCAACAGGUUUACAGUAAAUACACAGAGGAGGAGGAUUCAAAGUCUCCAAAAGCUAAGCUUCUUCAUAAACAGUACACGACGCUCUCCAAUCGGUCGUCCGAGUGCUUGGAAGAAGCUAUGAAUAUAUUCAAACAAGUGAACGAUAUACCUAACCUGGCGCUGCUCUAUUGUAACAAGGCUAGAUAUUUGAGAUUCAAAGCGCAUACAGAUCAAAUGGAGUUUGGUGUUGAGAAGCGUCGCCUGUACAGUCAGGCGGAGAGCCUGUACAAUGACGCGCUCAAGUUGUUGGGUCCGCGCGAGAGCUGCGGCGCCGUCUCCGUGUGGGAACUGGUGGCAUGGGAGCUGUCGUGCCACCUGUACACGCGAGCCGCCCUCAUGCAGGACUGCCCCUCUGUAUAUGCCAAGGAGGUGACGGAGGUGGCGGAAGCGUUCAAGCACGCGCUGAAGCAUUGCUUGUUGAGUCCUGGACCCAGGCAGUAUCUGUACCAGUUCAGGGCCGCCAUGAUACAUCACAGACUGGGGUCACUGUACCACUCGCAGUUUAGGAUCACCCACGAGGAGGGCCCCAAGCGGCGCACGUUGCUGAACCUGACGCGCACCAACUACGAGCACGCGGCGAACAUGUUCGCGAGCCUCGAGGACGCCGCCAUGUUCCUCACCGUGCAGCUGGAGCACGUGGCCGCGCUCGAGGGGCAGGCGGCCGUGACACCAAACCUCAAAUUGAAAUCGUUCCAAAAUGCCAUACAAUUGUUGAGGCAGUCUCACUCGAUUAUGAAACUGAUAAAAGAACGAGACCCGGAAGACCAGAAAGAUCAACCGAAGUCGGACGACGGCGACGAAAAGUCAAUUAAAAAUGAACACAGCCUAUUGUCGUUGUUCGAAUGCAGAUUACAUUUUAUACUCAAAAGUAUCAUACAGUACUGUAGAUCGAAGAGUAAUAAAGAUUAUGAACGAAUGACUGAUAUGUACAAGAAACUGUACAUGGCCAGUUUGAAAAUUAAAAAAGAUGACGACGUAAGACUUUAUGCUUCUAGUAUAUGUGACGUUUUGAACUCUAUGGACGAUAUCAGCAAACAGUUUGAACAAGAGUAGUCUUGAUUUUUUUUCACAGUAAUUUGGUAAUAAUUUUUUUAAUCCUCUAACUUACGAAAAAUUACUUCAAUUUUAAAGAAAAGCCAUUUAGUAGUUAAGUAUAGAGUAAGUGUAGACUUAAUAAUUUUUUUUGCAAAUUGAUUGAUUUAUCAUUAAAUAUACCUAUAUAUUUUUUUAAACUAGAUUAAUAAGGUUUUAAGAGUGAUAUUAAAAAUACGCCUUUUAAGCGUAUUUAUAUUUUCUCAUAUUUUAGUGUUAACACCCACAAAUCGUCGCUUAGAUAAUAAUACUGGCUAACUUAAAUGUGACAAGUACCUUACUGUCUAAAUUUUUGUUUUAAUAAUGCUUUGAGACGGCGGUACAGUUUAAAAUAGGUGUAUUUAAUUAAUACUAUAGAUGUGACUUCGGAAUUGUGCAGUUCCGAUAUUAAAAAAUCUAUGAGCACUUGAAAUAACAUGCUGUGAUUUGGAUAUAUAUAUUUUUUUAAUUGUAUAUCCAAUUGUGUUGUUAUGUAAGCGAAGAAAUGUGAUAAUAGUCAAACUGCCUCUCGAAAUAAUGAGUGUGAUGAAAUAAAUGUGAUCUAUUGUGCGUGCUAAUUAUGUAUUUUGACAAAGACUGAUGUUAUAAUUGUGUUUUACGUCACUGUAUAAUUAUGAUAUUAAAUGUUGUUAAUUC